AUGUCCUACUGUCCCAAUGUCCCACUGUCCCAAUGUCCCACUGUCCCAAUGUCCCACUGUCCCAAUGUCCCACUGUCCCAAUGUCCCACUGUCCCAAUGUCCCACUGUCCCAAUGUGCCACUGUCCCAAUGUCCCACUGUCCCAAUGUCCCACUGUCCCAAUGUCCCACUGUCCCAAUGUCCCACUGUCCCAAUGUCCCACUGUCCCAAUGUCCCACUGUCCCAAUGUCCCACUGUCCCAAUGUCCCACUGUCCCAAUGUCCCACUGUCCCAAUGUCCCACUGUCCCAAAGUCCCACUGUCCCAAUGUCCCACUGUCCCAAUGUCCCACUGUCCCAAUGUCCCACUGUCCCAAUGUCCCACUGUCCCAAUGUCCCACUGUCCCAAUGUCCCACUGUCCCAAUUUCCCACUGUCCCAAUGUCCCACUGUCCCAAUGUCCCACUGUCCCAAUGUCCCACUGUCCCAAUGUCCCACUGUCCCACUGUCCCAAUGUCCCACUGUCCCAAUGUCCCACUGUCCCAAUGUUCCACUGUCCCAAUGUCCCACUGUCCCAAUGUCCCACUGUCCCAAUGUCCCACUGUCCCAAUGUCCCACUGUCCCAAUGUCCCACUGUCCCAAUGUCCCACUGUCCCAAUGUCCCACUGUCCCAAUGUCCCACUGUCCCAAUGUCCCACUGUCCCAAUGUCCCACUGUCCCAAUGUCCCACUGUCCCAAUGUCCCACUGUCCCAAUGUCCCACUGUCCCAAUGUCCCACUGUCCCAAUGUCCCACUGUCCCAAUGUCCCACUGUCCCAAAGUCCCACUGUCCCAAUGUCCCACUGUCCCAAUGUCCCACUGUCCCAAUGUCCCACUGUCCCAAUGUCCCACUGUCCCAAUGUCCCACUGUCCCAAUGUCCCACUGUCCCAAUUUCCCACUGUCCCAAUGUCCCACUGUCCCAAUGUCCCACUGUCCCACUGUCCCAAUGUCCCACUGUCCCAAUGUCCCACUGUCCCAAUGUCCCACUGUCCCAAUGUCCCACUGUCCCAAUGUCCCACUGUCCCAAUGUCCCACUGUCCCAAUGUCCCAAUGUCCCACUGUCCCAAUGUCCCACUGUCCCAAUGUCCCGCUGUCCCACUGUCCCAAUGUCCCACUCUCCCAAUGUCCCACUGUCCCAAUGUCCCGCUGUCCCAAUGUCCCACUGUCCCAAUGUCCCACUGUCCCAAUGUCCCACUGUCCCAAUGUUCCAGUGCCCUUAUGUUCCAGUGUACCAAUGUCCCAAUGUCCCAAUGUCCCAGUAACUCAGUGUCCCAGAGUCCUAGUGUCCCAGUAA